AGCUUAAGCCGACUCCGAUCGCAGUUAAAUAAUCAUUAGUGAAGACUCCAUCUGCAGCCCCACAAUCCGGCAAUCGGUCAAGUAAUCAGCAGGCGCAACACCGCCCAUCUGCAGCCAGAAGGAGCAGCGUAUCGAAUCGCAUCGCAUCGCAUCCUUAGUUUCGGUGGGCCAGGCCGCCAGAAAGCCGUCAAAAUACGAAAGAAGGUGACCUCGAAGAAGGCCAGCGUUGUGUCGGUUGACGACGAUCACAACAACAACAACAACCACAACAACGACCACAACGCUCGGCAGCCACCCACAAACACAACAACCACAAGCACCAGCACAACAGCAAACAUAAGAAUAUCCACACCAACACCAAUAGCAACGCCCACAACCGGUGACCCAGAGCAGCAGGAGUGCCCACAGCCCAGGAGCAACCAGAUCCAGAUCCACAGCCCGAACCGCAACCAGACACCCAUCGAGAUGGACGACACACAGCACUUCUGCCUCCGCUGGAACAACUACCAGAGCAGCAUAACCUCGGCGUUCGAGAAUCUGCGGGACGACGAGGCCUUCGUGGAUGUGACCCUCGCCUGCGAGGGACGCAGCAUCAAGGCCCACCGCGUCGUCCUCUCCGCCUGCAGUCCCUACUUCCGCGAGCUGCUCAAGAGCACACCCUGCAAACACCCGGUCAUACUGCUGCAGGAUGUCAAUUUCAUGGACCUGCACGCCCUGGUGGAGUUCAUCUACCACGGCGAGGUCAACGUGCACCAGAAGUCCCUGCAGUCCUUCCUCAAGACCGCCGAAGUGCUGCGCGUCUCGGGACUCACGCAGCAGCAGGCAGAGGACACACACAGCCAUCUGGCCCAGAUACAGAACCUGGCCAAUUCCGGCGGCCGCACGCCGCUCAACACGCACACCCACUCGCAACCACAUCCGCACCACGGCUUGCUGCACGACGACGGCGGCUCCUCCACCCUGUUCAGUCGCCAGGGAGCGGGCUCGCCGCCGCCGACGGCGGUGCCGUCGCUGCCCUCGCACAUCAACAACCAGCUGCUGAAGCGCAUGGCCAUGAUGCACCGCAGCAGCGCCGCCGCCGCCGCCGAGGAGUCCUCCCAUGCCCAUAAGCGGCUGCGCGGCUCGGACAACGGUCUGCCGCUAUCGGGCGCCGUUGGCAGUGGCAGCAACAACAACAGCCCCGACUUGCCGCCGCUCCACGCGCGCAGCGCCUCGCCCCAGCAGACUCCGGCCGACUUCAGCACGAUCAAGCACCACAACAACAACAAUACGCCGCCACUAAAGGAGGAGAAGCGCAACGGACCCACAGGCAACGGCAACGGCAACUCUGGCAACGGCAACGGCAACGGCAAUGGCAACGGCGCCAGCAAUGGCAACGGAAUCUCCAUCAGCGACAAGUUGGGCAGCCUCACACCAUCGCCGCUGGCUCGAGCGGGCGCCGAUGACGUCAAGUCGGAGCCCAUGGAGCUGGUCUGCUCGAACAACAAUGCCAAUGUGAACGAUGAGCACAGCAACGACUCCACCGGCGAGCACGAUGCCAACCGCUCCAGCAGUGGCGACGGCGGCAAGGGAUCCCUGAGCUCCGGCAACGACGAGGAGAUCGGCGACGGACUCGCCUCCCAUCACGCCGCCCCACAGUUCAUAAUGUCGCCGGCGGAGAACAAGAUGUUCCAUGCAGCCGCCUUCAACUUCUCCAAUAUCGAUCCCUCAGCGUUGCUAGGUCUCAACACACAGUUGCAGCAGUCCGCUGACCUCUCCGUGUCCCCUCAAGGACCGCACAGCAUCACCCGCUCCGCAGCUACCUCGCCCACCAGUUCUACCUCAUCGCCGCCCUCGCCGCCCACAGCCCUGAUCUCGCCGACCAGUUCGCUGAAAGGGAGUCUGGCCGCCGCCGUCUACAGCCUACAAAGCCACGCCCACGGCCAUGUCCUGGGCCACGCCACCUCGCCGCCGCGUCCUGGCAGCGUGGGCAGCAGUGUGGGCAGCAACCUGUGCACCUCCACCUCCAUGGGUUGUGGUGUGAACUCUGGCAACAACAACUGUGGCAACAACAAUGGCAACAACGCGAACAGCAGCAGCAACAACGGCAACGCCACCAACAACAACAACAACAGCAGCACGAGUCCUGGCAGCCAGGCGGCGGCAGCAGGAGGAGCCGUGAACCAGGCGGGCACGCCACCGCUACCGCUCCGCAUGCCACCACCCACCAGCGGCGGCAUAAACGAGCCGCAGGAGUGCCCCUACUGCCGCAGGACCUUCUCGUGCUACUACUCGCUGAAGCGGCACUUCCAGGACAAGCACGAACAGUCGGAUACGCUGUAUGUGUGCGAGUUCUGUCACCGGCGGUACCGCACCAAGAACUCACUGACCACACACAAGAGCCUGCAGCACCGCGGCUCCAGCGGCAUGCUGAAGCGGCUACUCAAGACGACCGCCAUCAAACACGGACUGGUGGGCCACGGACAUGGGCACGGACAUGUCCACCACCCGCAUCCGCACCACCACGCCCUGUCCCAUCCGCGCACCAGUCUGUAUGACUUCACCAGCGAGCUGGGACAGCCGCCACCGGGCAUCCAAUAGGAGCUAAGUUGGAACGCCAUCUUUUAGAGAACGAUAGAGACGUGGUCAGUCCAUCAGUUAGUCCAUCAGUCGGUUGGAUGACCAGUCGGUUGGAUGAGAAGCAGCAGCCAAGACCAGCUACAAAUACUUUGCCCAUUGUUUUCGCACUGGACCGACGAUCCCCCAGAAAGCAAAUGAUCAGGGAUCUAGAUCUUCAGCGUGCACUAGGUCAUAGCUAAUUAAUGAUUAAGCAUAUUAGGCAUAUUUUGGCGUCAACUGUUUUAUUAUUCUUAUCCCUAUGUUAGGUAAUUAUUACGAUUAUUUUUUUGUGUAUCUUAACUCUAUUCGUACUAUUAGUUAUUUGUGCUGCUCUCACCUACUUAGUAGUUGAAGCACCUUCGCUGCUUCAUGUGCAAUACCUCAAGAAUCGUGUAAAUAAUUUCGAUAAAUCUUAAAUACCUCUGGAAGCUGCUGCACGAGCAGGCCAACAACACAUACAAACAUACAUGCAUACAUAUAAAACACACAAUACAAACAGCGUGAAGUUGCGUUUACAGAAUACUUAUUAGAAAUUAGAGUUAUGUUACCAUUAAUGACAACAACAAAUGGGAAGAGAACGAAGGACUAGAACACACACACAUACACUCACACAAUCAGAACCACAACUACAGCCAAAAGCACACAAACACACAUGCUGGGGGUCGUGACCUGAGGGCGGGAGCGGUUGGAGCAAUAACGGUACAUAUCAUGCAACUGCAAAUAAAUCUGAAUCUGCAGCUGAAACUUAAUCUGAAACUAAAAAUGAAGCUGCAUCCGAAAUCGCAACCGAAUCUUAAAUAGAAUCUAAGCCACCUGUCGGGCGCUACCGGUACUCAGCCGCCGCCCCCGCACUUCCAGCAUAAAUAUAUGUGGUUGUCAUUCGUGUGGUUGUGUUUUCGUUUAAACACACAGACACACACACAUAUAUGCACACACGCACACAGCAACAGGCCAGAAACACACAAUCAUACAAUGUACACUUUAAUACUUUUUUUUACUAGUUUUAGGCGCAUUAAACUUAUUUUAUUUGCCAACUGCUGCGCCAAACGUGCGUUCUCUAAAGAGUCGGAUUCCAGUAAGAAAAGAUAAAGGUCCUACGGAUCGGCGGCAGAUUAGAUUGUAUAAGAUGUGUGUAUUUUUUUUUCGAGGGAGCCCUAACUGUAAAUGUAGCUCAUAUUUAAGACUAGAGUAAGCCUAAUUCAAAUCUAAUGUUAAAAGUAGGUGGGGCACGGAGGAGAUAAACGUGCAAAAAGCAAGAAACACAAGAGACAAGAAACAAACAAAAAACAAACAAAACAAACAAACCAACAAACAAAAGAAAAACGUUAUCAGGGAUUAAAUAUCAAGUAUGCAGUAGGAAAGUAAUUAUUUCUACUUAUUCACAAAUACGACGAAUAAAGUAACAGAAAUUAAAAUCAUUUUUUUAUAUACACGUAUACACAUAUAACAAAACGCGUAUAAGCGAUAAAUGUGCAUAUGCGUACGCGUAAGCGAUGAGAAACAACUAUACUAAAGUCUAUGUAUACAUGUAUAUACUUUACACCAUUUACCAUAUACAAUUUAUAAGCCGAUAUGCCGAUGAUAUACACAUACCACGGCAACUAGUACGUCUGGUGUAUAGAAGAUAGAGGAGCUGUACACGUUUUUGCAAAUCAAGAAUUAACGUAUUAAACAAAACCGCAAAGUAACUCAGUGAUUUUUACCAGCGAAGUACAAAUGUUCUGAAAUUAAAUUAACUAACAAGUAAUAAGCGCCGACGCCGAGCAGAUCAGAAAAGCAUAUUUAACGAAGUGCAGCCUGCAAGCAGAGCAAAUCGAAAAGUAUCUAGAAACGGGAGUAGCUAUUCAGCGCAGAAUCAGAAAAGGCCACAGUUAGCACUGCCCAAACAACAUUGUACAUGCCACUCGGGUCGAGCUAGAAAGCGAUAUCUGAUCAUGUUGCAUCUGCGUCUCCAGCAAUUGGGCACAGAUGCAACCAGAAGGGGGCAGCCAAUAUGUGAAAUAUGUGAAGCGGCCCUUCUCAGACUGGAAGUGCAAAGAACCACCCACUAGCAUCUGUGUUAAGAAAAUGUUAAAGUCAAAUAAGUACGAAGAAUGUGUAUCAAUUCAAUGUCUCAGGAAUUUCUUAAAAUUUACCCAAUUUACACCUUAUACUAUAGAACACACACUGCAGGAACGUCUGGAAAGACAGCUAACAACAAAAUCUUCCAACCAACACACCUCCAAUGGUGCAUAUCAUCAUCUCAUCAUCAAGUGCGACUUUUCCGAAUUCUUGUCAAAACGAAAACAAAAAAAA